AUGCAGAGGAACAGCCCUUUUCACAUAGUUCGUAACGUUAUUUUUGAAGGUGGUGCUAUUUUGAGGUAUGCCAAACGUCUGGAGGUUGUUCGAUCUACGAAAGAAGAACGAAUUACAAAAAUCAAAGAAGGAGUAGAAAGCGGAAGGGAUCUAGAGGAUAUCGACAUUUAUUCGGAUGCAGGUAGCACAAUGAGUGUAAUGAGCAGACGAACAACUAAGACUGGUAUGAGUCGUGCCAGUACGACAGCUACAUGUUUCGUUGGACUAGCGGUACAGUCAGGGGGAGAUAAAACGGUAUGA